GGGGGGUCCGGGGCGAAGGGGGGGGGGCGGAGGGAGCGGGGGCCGGGCAGUACGUGGGAUCGCACUGUGUAAACGGGCCCGCCUCCCCCCGCACACCGGCCGAUGGAGUUUGUGACCGGUUACCGGGAGCAGCUGCUGGAUUUCUCCGAACUGAUGUUCCACUGGUACCGAAAGCUGGUGACGGAGCGGGGCGCGGGCGCGGUCCCGGGCGCGGUCCCGGGCGGGGGCGCGGUGGAGGCCUGGCGCCGCCAGGGGGAGGUGGCGGCCCGCCGGCUGCCCGCCGGGGGCGCGCUCUGGACACUGCACGUGAUCAGGAACGCGUGCACGGCGCUGACGGUAGAGAAUCCCGCGCAGCAGGUGCACGAGCGCUUCUACGGCGAUGACGUGUUGACGCUGCGGGACUUGCGCAAGUACGUCAGCCUGAUCAACCUGGAGGAGGAGGAGCUUGGUACGUCAAUCACCGCACUCUGCCCUCUCAUUGGCUGCGGUUCCCCGGAGCGGGUAGCAGGGAGGCGGCGGACGGAACGGCCGCCUUCAUCGGUCGGGCGUUGGGGACAAGAGUCGGGGGGUCGCCCCCGGUGCAGGGAGGGUGCGGGGGGCUGGGGACAGGGCGCCCCCGGUGCAGGGAGGGUGCGGGGGGCUGGGGACAGGGCGCCCCCGGUGCAGGGAGGGUGCGGGGGGCUGGGGACAGGGCGCCCCCGGUGCAGGGAGGGUGCGGGGGGCUGGGGACAGGGCACCCCCGGUGCAGGGAGGGUGCGGGGGGCUGGGGACAGGGUCACCGGGACCCUGCCCGCAUUAGAGGGCGUGAGCUGCGAGGAGAGGUCGGACGGUCUCGGGUUGUUGUCUCCGGAGCGGCGGAGGCUGAGGGGAGACCCGAUGGAGGUUUAUAAAAGUAUGGGAGCCCUCCAGCAUGACCACUUCAUCCACAUUGACUGCCUCCUCCUCCUGACUGAUGAAGAUGGCUUUGUCCUGGGCCUGGAUUUCACACUUACCCACGGAGCUCCCCUCACCACCAGCCAACUCGCCAUGAAGGCCUACGACCUCAUGCUCCAGGGCAUGACCUUCCCCAUGUGCGGCGGUGAACCCCAGCGGCCCCGGCAGCUCACCAUUGGAGAUGAGGACAUCCAGAGGACUCUGAAGCAGAUGAUGUUGAAGCUGGGGGUGCAGAGUACGAAGGUCGCCUACCAGUGCUGUGCUCCCCGCCAAUUCACCUUCCGCUCGACUAGGGUGAAGGCCUGUCACGUCUGUAAGAAGCGCAGUUUUGAGACAACGCUUACCGCAUGUGACCAGUGCACGGCGGUCCUGUACUGCUCCCACACCUGUCAGCAACUGGACUGGUCCAGGAGGCCGGAGGACAGCAGCCACAGGUACUGGUGUCAGAAGCUGCAGGACUUCAUGGGCCACGGAGAGGCGCUGGCUGACUUCCCCUUCACCUACACUGCAGAGGUGACCAGUGCGACCUUCGACAGGGAGCUGUUCCUCUGGCAGCGGCAGCUGUGCUCGGGCUACUGGCUGUGCGAGAGCCUCCUGGUGUCCGGACCCCGGCUCGACCUGCCCAGCUCCUGGGACACCGACACCCUCCCGGCCUUCCCGAAAGAGAUGAAUCCUUACCACCCGCUGAAAAACGAGGGAGACAUCCUGCUGCAGGGGCAGCCUGCUGACCCCCCCAGUCUGAGGACCCCCCUCUUGACGUGGCAGUCCUACUACCAGUGGCGGGGGCUGAAUCUCGACUCCCCGGUGGCGGUGCUGCUCUCCUACCCCCUCACUGUUUACCACAUCAUCACCAGCCUGGUGCCCCAGCACUUUCCAGAACUGAACAUCCUGAACAAACAGUCACUGAAAAUCCACAUCCUUGAAGCCCAGAAACAAUUUGAGAUCUGGCUGGUGUUCUGGGAGCUGGCUGUCGUGCUGCCCCACAUCACCUUUGAGAUCCACUGUGGUGAGGGUCUGCCGUUGGAAGUGGACGAGCAGCAGUUCAACCUGCAGCGCAAGGACGGACGGCUGUCUGUGCUUCGCCCCUGCAGCACCCCGGGUGGGGGGAAGGGGGACCGGACGAACAUCCGGAUCCGGGUGUGUGCUCGACCGUACCACCGGCAGCCGGGGGCCCGGGCCGACCUCGUCAUCGGUUUCAACGCUGGAUUCGGCCUCAGUGAGAAUUGGCUGCGAUCUCUGCCCCGCCUGCAGUCGCUGCGGGUCCCGGCCUACUUCACUGAGUGCUCAGAGUUCAGCUGCCUGAUGGACGCCCAGACCAUGAGCUCGGCGGCCGGGGGCUCCAUCAGCUGCCCCCUGCUCAACCCCUUCCGCUCCCCCCUCCGCAUCGUGGGCAUCGACAACAACCUGCCCUGGUACUCCAAUGCCUACCUCUUCCACCUGGUUUACAAGGUGAACACCGUAAGCCGACAGCCCCCAGCCUCCACGCCGGCCCCCCCCAGUGAGCCCCUGCCCCCCCCAGAGGAGGCCCUCGACCCCACUCGCAGGAAGAAGGACAAGAAGCGGAGUAACCUGCGGCGGAGGAGCGUGACCGAGCCGGGCCGCCCCCCAGUCUCCGUGGUCCGGACUCCUCGUCCCUUCCCUGCGCCACCUGCUGCCGUCCUGAUGGAGAAGACCAGCGGGGAACGGGAAGGGGAGCGGGGGGGGACUUCACCAUCGCCCUGGAGCUGUGACCUGGAGUGGGUGCUGCCAGUUCAACACAUGCAGCUGAUGAUGGGCCCUGACGUCAGGCAGUGA